AUGUCGUCAGAAGAAAACGUCUCCACCACAUAUACAGACCCCGUCCACAUUGGCGUGAUAGGCGGUACCGGCCUCGACCACCUCCCGCAUUUCCGUAAAGCCGCCGUCCUGACCCUGUCGACGCCAUGGGGCAUGCCGUCGUCCCCGAUCACCAUUCUCGAGCAUGCCUCGCCUACAACCGGCAAGACUGUGCCCAUCGCCUUCGUCGCCCGCCACGGUCCGCACCACGAAUUCAACCCCUCUGAGAUCCCGGUACGGGCUAACAUCGCUGCGUUUCGCAAACUCGGCGUGCGCUGUAUCAUCGCAUUUUCUGCCGCUGGCUCGCUGGCCGAGGAAGUCAAGCCCCGCGACUUUGUGGUUCCCGACCAGUGUAUUGAUCGGACCAAGGGGACCCGGCCGCACACGUUCUUCGAGGAUGGAAUGGUGGUACACGUGCCGUUUGCCGAUCCGUUUGACAAAAAAGUCGGCGAGGUGGUGAGGAAGUGCGGGCAUAGUCUAGAGGGCGAAGGGGUGAGGUUGCAUGAUACCGGAUGUGUGAUUGUUAUGGAAGGACCACAAUUCAGCACUCGCGCCGAGUCAAACAUGUAUCGCAGCUGGGGCGGCACCGUAAUCAACAUGUCCACGCUUCCCGAGGCCAAACUCGCCGCCGAGGCCGAGAUCGCGUACCAAGUCAUCCUCAUGAGUACGGACUAUGACUGCUGGCAUGACUCAGGCGACGUAUCCGUCGAGAUGGUCAUGGGCCACAUGCGUGCCAACGCGCUGAAUGCACGACGAUUUAUUGCCGCCGUGCUGGAUGAGUUGUCUAAGGAAGAACAUGCGGAGCUUGUUCGUGCGACGCAUCUAGCAGGAGCACGUAAAUUCGGGGUGAGUACGUAUCCUGCAGGACGGAGCGAGAAGGCAUUGGAGAGGCUUGGGUGGUUGUUCGAAGGGUAUUUCUGA